AUGGGAGAGGUGCUGCUGUGCGCGACGGGAGAGGAGCAGGACGAGACCAAAGCAAGACGUCCCAGCAUUGGCGACGGAAGCCAAACGACCAUCUCGAGCUCACCCGUGUACUCGCCGACCACUAGCGAGGCUAUCAACGACGUCGUCGACGACAACGAAUCGGAGGACAACUUGCGCUCCACCUUCACGAAUGGCACAAACGCCCUGGCUGCAAGCAGCAGCAGCGGCAGCAGCAACAUGGACGAGCGAAUAGCAAGGGGGAGGCCGGCAGGACAUGAACCACAACAACGGCAACAGGCAUCUCCGGCAAGAACCCAACAGCAGCGAGCGCACGCCUUGUUCGCCGACCUGGGGCUGUGGGAGCGCAUCGGCCAGUGCCAGGAUGGCGAGAGCGGGUCGGACUUCUGGAACGGUGACGUCGCUGCUGCAGAGGGACACCUGUCGCUGAUGAUCUCCAAGCACGCCGAGCGCGACCCCCUCUCUUACACCCACUUGGGCUUGAGCAGGGCAGCGAAGAACGGCCGGAUGGACGUCGUGCGGUGGCUGCACGACUACACCGACGUGCCGCAGAUACCGAGCGCGAUGGACUCUGCCGCGGCCGGCGGGCACCUUGAGAUUGUCAAGUUCCUGGAAGAGCAUCGCGGUGAGGGUAAUUGUACUCGCUUCGCCAUGAACGGAGCCGCGGCCGCGGGGAACAUGGAGGUUGUCAAGUGGUUACACGACAAUCGUACCGAGGGAUGCACGGAGAAGGCGAUGGACGGAGCAGCGGCGAACGGCCACCUGAAGAUGGUGGAAUGGUUGCAUAACAACAGACAAGAGGGUUGCACGACUGACGCGAUGGACGGUGCGGCAGAGAACGGGUCUCUAGGGGUAGUCAAGUGGCUUCACCAGAACAGGCAGGAGGGGUGUACGGGCGACGCUCUCUUCCUCGCAGCCAAGACCGGCCACGCGGAUGUGGUGCGGUGGCUGCUGAGACACCGCACGGAGCGGUGCCCCGCGAACCGCAGCAUCAUGGACUGGGUGGCCAAUCACGGCCACCUCAAGGUCCUCGAGGUGCUGCACGAGGCCAGGGUAGAGGGGUGCUCCUCUCGAGCCAUGAAUUGGGCCGCCAAGAACGGUCAUCUUGAGACUCUGAUCUGGCUACACGAGAACCGCGCAGAGGGUUGCACCCGGCCGGCGAUGGACGAAGCGGCAGGGAACGGUCACCUUGAAGUCGUGCAGUGGCUCAACGCGAACCGAACGGAGGGCUGCAGCAUCCGAGCGAUGAACCACGCGGCGCUGAACGGGCACCUUGACGUGGUGAAGUGGCUGCACGAGACCCACGUGGGGAACUGCACGAACAACGCGAUGGACAACGCCGCGAAGAACGGGCACCUCGACAUCGUCAAGUUCUUGCACUUCAACAGAAAGGAGGGCUGCAGCACGAAUGCCAUGGAUUGGGCGGCGGCGAGGGGGCACACGGAGGUUGUCUAUUUCCUCAUCGCCAACAGGAAAGAGGGAUGCACGGGAAAGGCCUUGGAUUGGAGUUCGCAUGGUGGUCACGACAGCAUCAGCGAUAGCCUCAGAGGGGUCAAGGUUCGGAACGGCCCAAUAGGAGGAGGUGGAGUCGCCGGGGUUGAUGGCGGAGGCUGCUGCGUAAUUUCCUAAACAAUAUACUUACUCCCAUAUGGAGAAGAUGGCGUGUUUGUUGCUUUUUUGUACAAUAGCCUUCGAAGGAAUGCGUAUAAC